AUGGCGUGGCAGACACCCGGCGCAUGGAAAUCGCCUUUCGUAAAGCAACCAGAGGAUGACUCAAGCUUCCCUGGGCUCAAGCCCACGAGCCCAGAGGCUACCAACAAGAUUGAAUAUGAGGAGCUCCAGCAGAACGAACUGUUGGCCCUAGAAGCCAUCUAUGGAGAGGACUUUGUCCAGCACAGCGGUACCCAUAGUGCUUGGCAGAAAGCAGAACCAUGUUUCGACAUACGGAUCAAAGCACCAACGGACGAAGACUAUGCCGUCACCAUGGGCUUUGUUUUAAAUGCCACAUAUCCCAAAACUCCACCGAUCAUUACCAUAAAGGAGCAGGGCUUCCUCCGCGAGGUGACUCAGUUCAAGAUCCAAAAGUUCAUCGAGACCCAGCCCAAGAUCUUUGCCAAGGACGAGCAAGAAAUGGUCGACCAGAUUGUCGAGGGCAUCCGCGAAAUCCUUGAAGAGGCUGCCCAGGCAAAAGCUGCUGGAAAAAACCUCCCCUCACUUGAGGAGGAGCGCGAGCGGCACGAGGCCGAGGCCGCCAGGGCCGCCCAGAAACAAAAGGAAGAGGAUGACCGCAAAAGAAAUGAAGAAACACGAGAAGAAGAGCGGGUCAUUGCGGAAAUGUUACAACAGCAGCUGGAUCGCCAACGUCAAAAGGCAAAAGAAUCUCGUCAAAGCCGUCGACCCAAUGGCGCCAACCAGCACCCGGCUACACAAGCUACCGAAACUCUCGACGAUCGCGUUGAUUUUGACCAGUUUUGUAACUCUGUCGAUAAAUCUGGAAACGAAAUCACGUUUCGAUCUGUCGCAAUGAAAUGCGACGAACGCCAAGGCAAGGUAUCUGUGGUCUAUACAGUCCGCCCCAUUGUACCUAGCGGCGUCUGUAACCAGACGCUCGCGCUCAAAGAAGCCACUUUGAAAUCUUCCGGCAAAGAAUCACAGGACUUUAGAAAGCAACUACAGUCCCUAGAGUCGCGUCUCCAAGAUUUGAAAUCGGCCAAGAAGGUUAGCCAUAGGCAGAUUGUUGAGAUUUUGGACUUUAAGGUGGAAGGUGGAAUCCCUUCCGACCCUUCUGUAGCCAACGCCUGGACAGUCAGGAUCCUCAUGCCACUUGCUGAAAAAGGUCCUCUGGAGGAACUGCUCGAGCUGGCGGGAAAUCUCGAAGUAAGCAAGGUCAGAUCUUGGACUCGAGAUUUACUCGAUGCACUCAAUUUCCUACACAAUAAGAAUAUUGCGCACCAGUGCAUCCAUGCCGGGAAUAUUCUACUUUUCAGAGAAUCCACUGGCGAGAUUGUACCGAAAAUUGCCGAUGCGUGGUAUCAGCGAGAAAUUCAUGCUCUCUGCGAGCAGAAGCAGGGCCUGCCUGGCGUCAACUCUGCCAAAUCUGCGUACUGGCUUCCACCAGAAAUUGCUGCCGCGUCGAGGCCAGUCUACACUUAUAAAACUGAUAUAUGGGACUUUGGUAUAGUAUUUGUCCAGAUGAUCUUUGGACUUGAUGUGCUGCGCAAAUACUCGUCGCCGAAGAACUUGAUGGAGUCUCUCUUGCUCUCGCAGCCUCUGCAAGAGCUUGUCGGCCGAUUCUUCAAAGAAGACAAGCAAAAGCGUCCGCGAGCUUUCGAAUUAAGCUCUAGCGAGUUUCUAGCCACUGAUGCUCCGGUUCUCUUUGACGACUCUUCAGCUGUCCUCUCCAGUGUGCCGUCUCUUACUUCUCUACAAGCUCCACCCAUGCGCUUGCGACGCGACUCGCAUAACAGAGGAGCCGCGAUCUCUAGAUAUACAGAGGACUUUGUAGAAGAAGGACGGCUCGGAAAGGGUGGCUUUGGUGAAGUUGUCAAAGCUAGGAAGAAGCUUGACGGGCAGAUUUAUGCCAUAAAGAAGAUUACCCAGCGAUCGUCAACAUCCUUGACAGAAAUUCUGAAAGAAGUGAGACUGCUCUCUCAACUCAGUCAUCCUGCAGUGGUCAGAUACUACAAUACUUGGGUAGAGGAGGUUGCCGACUUUACCGACACUGAGGGAGAGACGUCAACGGAUGACUAUACUGGAGAGACCCAAGAGACCGAAUCCAAUGGCCUGGAGAUUCAAUUUGCUACCAGUACUGGGGGACUGGACUUUAUGUCAUCCAAUGCACCCAUCGAAUACUCCGAAGGAAGCGACGAAGACGAAGACGACGAUGAUACUGAAGGCGAAGAUGAUAGCUCCACCUCCGACGAGGAAGACGUACACAAUCCUGGUUCGCCCGUUAAGGCUAGGCAGGCCGGUCAGGUUCGCAGAGCAAGAUUUCAGAAACCCUAUCGAACUAUCCUCUACAUCUCGAUGGAAUACUGCGAGAAACGAACGCUGCGCGACUUGAUCUCGCGUAAUUUGUUUCAGAAUACCAGUGAGAUUUGGCGCCUCUUCCGUCAGAUCUUGGAAGGGCUCUCUCAUAUUCACGGACUGAGCAUUGUUCAUCGCGAUCUCAAACCGGAAAACAUAUUCAUCAGCAGCAGCGCAGACGGAAUUGACAAUGUCAAGAUUGGCGACUUUGGCCUCGCCACUAGCGGCCAAUUCUCAAUUGACAAGGCUGCUGCUGGGGGGCAUAUGGAAACUGACGACAUGACCAGAAGUAUCGGCACUGCGUACUACUCUGCACCAGAAGUUCGCUCCGCGGCGCAUGGGAUGUACAGUACCAAAGUUGAUAUGUAUUCACUCGGAAUCAUCUUUUUCGAGAUGUGUUACCAACCGAUGAUGGGCAUGCAAAAGGCGGAUGUCAUUGGCCAACUGCGACGACACAAGCCGGUCAUGCCCAACGAUUUUAAGCCUGCGGAAAAGUCAAUGACGGAGAUAAUUCUAUCGCUGGUGAAUCACAACCCCAAAGAGCGACCGUACAGUGCAGAGCUACUGAAGAGCGGCAAGCUCCCGGUGCAAAUGGAAAGCGAAACCAUCCGACGCACUCUGGCAGGCCUGGCCGACCCUAAUUCCCCAUACUAUCGUAAGAUGUUGUCGACACUGUUUACCCAUCCAGUUGAGGCUACCAAAGAUUACGCCUGGGACAUGUUCGCGAAUGCACCGACAGCAUCCGAGCUCAUGGCAAGGUACAUGGUCAAGACGGAACUGAUUUCAAUUUUCCGCCGCCACGGUGCGGUCGAGGCGACUCGUGGUGCCAUUUACCCAAGAUCUUCUCAAUAUGGAGACAACGUCGUGCAGCUCCUUGACCAAAACGGAACGGUAUUGCAGCUCCCAUAUGACCUGAUGAUGGGACACGCGCGAAUGCUAGCCAAAAACGCAAGUGGGCCAAUAGUACCGAAAACAUUCGCGUUUGGUAGUGUCUUUCGCGACAAACAAGAUACAGGGCAGCCACAGAUGUUCGGAGAGGUAGAUUUCGAUAUCGUUAGCACCGACGCCUUGGACCUAGCGCUUAAGGAAGCGGAGGCUCUGAAGGUUAUCGACGAGAUCCUCAUCGCCUUUCCCUCUCUAUCGGCAACUCCUAUGAGCUUUUAUCUUGGCCACUCUGAUCUGUUGCAUUUGAUUUAUGAGCACUGCGGUAUUGAGCCAGCUAAUCGACGCGCCACGUCAGAUGUUCUUAGUCGACUCAACAUCCACAGCUUCACGUGGCAAAAGAUUCGCAUGGAGCUUCGGUCCCCUGCCGUAGGUCUUUCAGCCACUAGCGUUGAUGAACUUCAGCAGUUUGACUUUAGGGAUACUCCGAACAAGACAUUUGCCAAGCUGAAGAAGUUGUUUGAGGGCACAGACAUGUACCAAAGAGCGUCUCCGACCAUUGCUCAUCUGAAAGAAGUCGCCGAGUAUGCCAAACGCUUUGGUGUCGUGACCAAAAUCUACAUCAGUCCACUCAACAGUUUGAAAGAAAGCUUCUACUCAGGCGGAUUACUAUUCUCGUGUCUCUACACCAAAAAGGUCAAGGAUGUAUUUGCCGCUGGCGGUCGCUACGAUGCCCUGAUCAAGGAGCAGCGGCCCAAGAUGGGUGGCAAUUUUGACGAGCGCCACGCCGUCGGCUUCAGCAUUGCAUGGGAACGCCUCGCUCGCAUCCCCAAAGCCGGCGGCAAAGCAUUCCUGAAGAAGAUGGAAGAUGAUACGAACAGCCUGGCCAACCCCAGACGCUGCGAUAUCCUCGUCGCCAGCUUUGAUCCAGCGAUGCUGCGAUCCUCGGGCGUCGAGCUGCUCCACACCCUCUGGGCGCAGGAUAUCAGCGCCGAACUCGCCAAGGACUCGCGCUCCCCAGAAGACUUGCUGCAGAAGCACAGAGACGAUAAUUACUCGUGGAUCAUCAUCCUCAAGCCCGAAUCCAUGCUCAAGAUCAAAUCACUGCUCCGCAAGGACGUCGCCGAUGUCGACAUCCCCGCCGCCCAGCUGACCGCCUGGCUGCGCACCGAGCUGCACAAACGUGACACCAAGGGUAGCAGCAGCAGUAGCAACAACCGCAAGAGUAUCAUUGCCGCCCAAGGCGAGAAUGCAUCCGCCGCUGCCGCCGCCGAAAGGGAGCGCGAGCAGGAUGUCAAGGUGCUCGUCGCGCAGACGCGCAGCAAGAAAUUUAACCGCCGCACUGUCGUGGAGCAGGCCCAGGUCAGCGCCGCCAACCUGGUGACGUCGUUCCUUGAGGGCCCCAUCCUCGCGGUCGAGACGUCGGAGCAGGUCAUGACCAUGAUAGCCGGCACGCGGCUCUCGGACACGGAGAGCUGGCGCAAGGUCGACCACGGCGUGACGACGACGGAGAAGAAGUAUGUGCGCGAGAUUCACGACCAGCUGGACAACUGGAAGUUUGCGCAUGAUCGCAAGACGGCAACGCGGCACUCGUUUCUGUAUAAUUUCAGGACGGGAACGUGUCUUUACUAUGAUUUGGCGGCAUAG